UCUAAAAUAUUUUUCAGUAGUAUAUUCUGUUGAACAUCAAUGUUUAUUGUUUCAUGAUUAAAAAAGAAGGUUACAUCAGAUGUUUGCAGUUUUCUAUUUUUAUAAUUUUGGCAGGAAACGUCAUCAUUGAGAUAUGACAACUGCUGCCACUGCGAUUGUUAUGGGAAUUAUAUAGGCGGCUGAGUCGAUAGCGCAGACGCAAACGAUCGGUCGGUAAACCAAUCGGGAGGGUCGCAACGCCGCACGGUGGCGCGGCACGUCGGGGUUAGUUCGUUUGAAAAGAGAAGCCGAGCAUCAGUCGGGUGGCAACUGUCGAGCAUGUGUGUUGUUCCUCGUGUUUCUUUGAUCGCGUCUUGAAUUCGCACGUAGAACUCAAUUGCAUGUACACCCCGGUACGAGAACAAACGACAGACAGUCCGCGAACAUGUGAUUUUGACAGAGUACAUUGUCUGUCGACGCUAAUAAACGCGUUAGUGAAAAGUGAAGGUUUUCCUGGCCGGAUAUAUCGUCACCCUGCAGCAGCCUCGUUCAAGGGGGUGGAGAAUAAUGUUCUGAGCCGUGAGCCACGCACGUCAUGGUUGCUAAGCACUUCACGCAGGGCUCAAGCCCUGAGUUGGGUGUCCCGGAUAUGACAGUGAUCAGCGACAUCGAUGAAACGGGAAUCAACCGAAACCUCCAAGUCCGGUAUGGGAGGGACCAGAUAUACACGUACACAGGAUCCAUAUUGGUGGCUGUGAAUCCGUACAAAGAAGUGGACUUCUACACGAAUGAAUACGUGAAUCGAUACCAUGGACAGAAGAUGGGCUCUCUGGAGCCGCACGUGUUCGCCCUGGCCGAGGCGGCGUACAGGUCUCUCCAGGACACGGAAAGUAAUCAAUCCUGCGUUAUAUCUGGAGAAAGUGGUGCGGGCAAGACCGAGACCACCAAAUUCAUCUUGCAAUACCUCUGCUCGGUGACCAGCAAUGUCGACACGUGGGUUGAACAACAAAUUCUCGAAGCAAACACCAUUCUCGAAGCUUUCGGUAACGCGAAGACAGUGAGAAACGACAACAGUUCCCGGUUCGGCAAGUUCAUGCAGGUGUGCUUCGACAGUAAGUGGAUGAUCAAAGGGUGCAUCAUCCAGGACUACUUGCUGGAGCAGAGCCGUAUCACCUUCCAAAGUGCAGGGGAGAGAAACUACCACGUGUUCUAUCAGCUGGUCGAAGCCGGUACGAGGGACAAAGAAUUUGCCGAGCAAUAUAAAUUGAAGCCAGCCAGUCACUACAAGUAUCUGAAUCAGUCUGGAGGCGGGAAGAUCGAUGGAAUCUCUAAUUCCAAGAAGUUGGAUGCUCUUAGGCUCGCGUUCAACGUGCUUCAAGUUGCACCAGAAAUGUGCGAGGGUAUUUUCAGAGUCCUGUCCGCUAUUUUGUGGCUGGGCAAUUUAAACUUCGAGGACGUGGAUGGCGAACGAUGCGAGCUAAGUAAAGAGGACCUUGACAUCGUCGGUACGGUGGCUCCGUUGCUGGGUCUGCAGGUCGAAGAUCUGACGAAAGUUGUGUUGAUACGACAGAUAAACGUACGCGGCAACAUUACGGAGAUACCUUUGAAGGUUCAGGAAGCCCGAGAGAACAGGCACGCUAUGGCAAAGGCGUUGUACUCGAGAACGUUCGCCUGGUUGAUCAACCACAUAAACAACUGCACGAAUCCUGGCCAGGAUAGCUCGAGAUUCCUCGGUGUACUGGAUAUAUUUGGCUUCGAGAACUUCGCUGUGAAUAGCUUCGAGCAACUGUGUAUCAAUUACACGAACGAGAAGCUGCACAAGUUUUUCAAUCACUACGUGUUCGCACUGGAACAGGAGCUCUACCGACAGGAAGAGAUCCAAUACUCCCAUAUCACCUUCACGGACAACACCAUGUGCCUGGAACUAAUCGAGAAACCUCCACGAUGUGUUCUUAAGUUACUGACCGAGCAGUGCCAUAUGCCGAAAGGCUCCGACCUAGCUUACCUGACCAAUUUGCACGCGGAAUUCGAGAACCACCCGUGCUACGUGAAAGGUGACGAUCGUCGUAAAUGGGAGAAGGAAUUCGGCGUCAAACAUUAUGCCGGCUGCGUCACCUACACCGUCGAAGGUUUCGUGGAUAAAAAUCGGGACGUUCAGCAAGACGUGUUCUUCGACUUCAUGUCUAGAAGCACUAACGAAUUUGUGCAAGAAAUUACGGUUUAUCAGGAUCUUCUUGGAUGCACAGUGGCUCGCGCUAGUGGAAAUGCGACAACUAUGUCACGAGGAACCUCCAAAGGCAAGCCAACCCUAUGCGAUUCGUUUAGACAUCAAUUACAAGCUUUAGUGGAUGUUCUCCAAGCGACGACCCCGUGGUACGCAAGAUGUAUCAAGCCAAAUAUGCAAAAGGUGGCCAAUCACUAUGACGAGAAGCUGGUUCUUGAUCAGUUAAAGUAUCUGGGCAUGUUAGAUAUCAUUCGAAUAAGGAAGGAAGGAUUUCCUAUUCACAUGUCCUUUCACGAUUUCAUUGCAAGAUACCGUUGCCUAGACAAAGCACGUUUAUCUUGCGUCGGUGACGAGAAGGAAGCUGUCAGGAGCUUGAUUGGUAGUCAGGGUAUACCGGAGACUGAGUGGCAGAUUGGAAAGACUAAAGUGUUUCUAAGAAGCUACGUGCACGAGCCUCUCGAAGACUCUAGGAAUCAGAUGGUUACCAGUAAUGCUAUGAUGAUUCAGAAGAUAUGGAGAGGCUAUGUUGAUCGAAAAGAGUACAAACGUAUAAGGGACGCUGCACUGAAGGUACAGCAUGCUUACCGAGGCUGGAAGCUGAGAAUAAUGUUCAUUAGAAAACGAAGAGCAGCCAUUGUCAUCCAAAGUCAUCUACGUGGUGUGUUUGCAAGAGAAGUUGCUGCGGCUCUCAGGGAAAUGAGGCGAGUAGACGAAGAGAUGAGAAAAAGAGAGAGGUUGGAGGAAGAGAGGAGGCUUAUGGAGGACAAGAGAGCUCUGGAGGAGAGUCAAAGCACACAGUACAAUGGUAUUGUCGGAAUGGAAUCCGGGAAGGCGCAAGAAGAAAUCGCUGCGUUGUCGCAGAUGGCUGAGCAGAUGAAUUCAAAGAUGGCUGCCUCAGAUUUACAGUCUGUGGAUCUUGACAAUCUAUUUUCAUUUCUAUCCGACGUUCAGUCGACGAAAGGAAAUCAAAUCAUCGAGGAAAUCGGUGAACAAAUGGACGAAUUGGUUGAGGAUCUCGACGUGGAAUUAGAGACAGUAAUUCAGCAAGAAAUGGAGAUGAAUGCAAAGUCUGAAUCCAAAGCAAACACUCCAAAUGGACAAGAAGCUACUUCGCCUUCCCAACAACAGCAGCAACAAAGGAUACCCUGCGCUAAUUCUGGCAAACUUGGUCAACCGAGUCUUCCAGAACCCACGGAACCUCCUCCGCCUCCACCACCUGUGCCGUCUUUAGCCUUAAACGGAGACUCGUCUACCGAUAAUGGAGAACCAAUUUACGAAUCUGUUUUGCCAAGGGACGAGAACAGUCCCAGCAGCCCAAUCGUAAACGGGAAUUCUGUGCCGCUAGUCAAUGGUGAAUCCUGCGGAUCACCUCCUCCGGUACCAAACAAUAAAGUAAUCAAAGAACCAAUUGCUGGCAGUCCUCCUUCAAGACCAGAAUCGAGAAACUCGAACAGCCAUCAUCUGCAUAAUCAUCAACCGGUACCUCAGCAACAACAAAAUGGUCACGAUCAACCUCAACAACAACAGCAACAACAACAACAACAGUCGCAACAACCUCAACAACCACCAGUUGAACGAGAACAAAGACGUAAAUGCAGAGUGGAACGAAAGCUUCAGGAACUUGAGGACAAGAAGGAGCCGGAUAACGAGGUUACCUAUCAUGAUAUCGUAGAAUUUGCGCAGAACUAUUUCAAUAGUCAUGAGAGAUCCCCCGAGGGAACGAUAAUGGCUACGCUUACCAGGAAAUCACGUGGCAAGAGCGUAGAGUAUAUUCCAAAGUACGAGAUGGUUACAUAUUACAAAGGUUCAACUAUACCUAAUUCUCACAUUCACAUGUAUGAUCCUGAUAACGUUAACGUGGCUUGUUCGGUCUUCAGGGAUCUAUGUAAGUACAUAAGAGGAGAGAUGAAACUGGACCAAGAAAUUGCAACGAUUCAGAGUAUAAUCGGUUAUGGCAUCGAACGCGAAGAACUGAGAGAUGAAAUUUUCGUCCAGUGCAUGCGUCAAGCAACCAACAAUCCCAACCCAGAAUGGGCAGAACGCGUUUGGUUGUUACUUUGUUUAGCCAUCGUUGCUUUCCAACCGAGCAAGCUACUUUACAAGUAUUUUGUAUCUUUCCUGCGAAAGAACUUGGCUCUGGAAGGAAAGCUGAGGCAGUACGUUCAGUGGUGCGUAGACAAUUGUAAAAACACGAAAGUCUCCUGUAGACAACAUCCACCGUCAACGGUGGAGAUUGCUGCUAUGAGACGACUAGGUACCAUAGUUUGUCGGUUCUUCUUCCUCGAUGGAAGAACCAAGGCGAUCGAUGUGCAUCCAACUGACACUGCAGCUGAUGCGGUUGCUAAAUUAGGUGAAAAAUUAGGUCUCAGGUCUCUGGAAGGGUGGGCAAUUUACCAGAGCAGGCCAGAUGGCGAGGAACACGUGCGGGCCCAUGAUUACUUGUACGACGUUAUAGCUGCUUGGGAAAUGAAACAAUGUAAAUUGAACACAGCACAAUCAACCUUCUCAACGUUACGUCGUAGUAAUAAUGCUACUUUAGGAAGCGGUGAUAAUCGAUUCGUAUUUAAACGAAGGUUAUUCAGAAACACCAGAGAAAUAUCCCAAGAUCCUGUUGAAGUGAACAUGCUGUACGCUCAAGCUGUGUAUAACGUCGUCAAGUGUGAUGACUUUCCAGUAUCUGAGAAGGUCGCGCUCCAGUUGGCAGGUUUGCAAGCCCAGGUCGCUUUGGGCGAUCCAAAAGACAACGAUCGACUGGACUACUACAGCGAGGUAGACAGUUUUUUACCUUAUCGGAUAAGUCGUGCUCGUGGCGACGAUGUUUGGGUGCCAAUAAUAGCCCAGGCCCACAGGCAGUAUGGUGCCGGUCGUAAAGAGCUGGCUGCCAAGGUGUUGUAUUUGUCUUGCGUGAUGCAGUAUCCUCUCUACGGUACCACAAUGUUCAAUGUCACUUAUCGAGGCUAUUGGUCCUACGGUAAUCAAUUGAUUUUGGGUAUCAACUGCGAUGGAUUAAUGUUAAUCAAGCCAGACGACAAGUUCGUCUUAUCAGAGUAUCGUUAUCAGGAUGUGGAGAGCAUUAUGCUAGAUCCAAGCGAUUCUUUCAUCACUCUGUCUCUUCUUCGACACAAUCCUGACAGCUCGCACAAGUGCUUCGUGUUUGAAACGACCCAGAAGAAUGAGAUAGGUAGUUUGAUCGUUAGUUACUGUCCAGCAUUGGCUGGCUGGAUCACAGAAAACGAGGUUCCUACUAAGAAGCUCAAAUGUAUCACCAAUGAAGAUCGCAUUAGGCUUUAUCAUAAUUUAGUUAAUUGUCGAAGAACGCUGGUGGACGCUGAGAUACUGAGAAAGCCUCAAGACUCUGGGGGUGGUUUUCUGAGGAAUACCCUGAGAAGAUUAUCGAAACACAGGAUAGAGAAACUCAGACAGGAACAUGGUAGCGCCACUGAUCAUGGUGAAACAUAUAAAGGAUUCCCUUAUGCGUAUUGGGCGUUCAGCAGGCAAUCUAUACCUCAGAGUCUGUCGAAACUGCCCGACCCAGACGAGCAGAUAGCUCUUAGUGUGUUCCAAUUGAUUCUGACAUACGCUGGUCUGGGUCAAAACGGCGACACAGUUCGUAGAGUCGAAGACGAACACGUGAACCUGAUACAAACUGUAAUGGAACGUUGCAUAAGGAAAGAAAACUUAUUAGGCGAAUUGUAUCUUCAAUUGAUUAAGCAAACUACCGAUCACCCGGAUCCAAACAGUCGGGUGAAUCUCAGGCAUUGGGCGUUACUUUCUCUAGCCUGUUCGGUGAUCUUACCUCCGCAGAAAGUAAUUCGAAAAUAUUUGAUCGCGCAUCUGAAACGAUGCGCCAGCGACUAUGUCACCGAAGAGGGAAAGUACGCUCGAUUCGCUGAAAAGUGCCUUUACAAAACACAAGGCACCAGAAGAAGACAAUGGCCACCGAGCAGGGAGGAGAUAAUGUGCACGAUAAAUCGCAGGCCUAUUUAUGCGAGAUUUCAUUUUAUGGAUGGACAGUAUCAUGCCGUUGAGUUUCAUCCAUCGGCUACAGCUAGAGAUGUGAUGGAAAUUAUUAAAACUAAAAUUGGUCUUGAAGAGACUGCCAAAGGUUAUGCUAUCUACGAAGUCUUAGGGCCAACAGAAAGAGCACUGAUACCAGAAGAAAAGAUCGCUGAUGUAAUGUCGAAAUGGGAGCGUUACAGGACAGCGAACGCACAACAGAAUCAAUCUCAAAGAAAGCACGCACAUCACUUUUUCUUAUUUAAGAAACACUUGUUCCUUGAUCAGUAUAUGAAUCUUGAAGAUCCAGUUGAGAAGGAGUUACUGUAUCAUCAAGUACUGCACGAUUUACGUGCUGAUCGUUUCCCUAUUACUGAAAAGGAAGCUAUGAUGUUGACGGCAUUGCAAGCUCAGUUGGAACUCGGUGAUUGUCAAGACACCGUGACGGACCACGAUUACCGCACUAUAUCAAGUCACUGCCUACCUACAAGACUGGUUCCAAAUUUAUGUAUAGAAGGUGUUCUCCAACACCAUCAAUCUGUACGGGGAAUGACACCGCCAGAAGCGAAGAAGGCAUUCCUGAAUUUAAUCCAGUCAUGGCCACUGCAUAGAGCCACGAUAUUUGAUGUUAUGCAAUCAUUCACUUCGAACUGGCCACGCGUUUUGUGGUUGGCCGUCGAUCAGCAAGGUCUUCAUCUUCUGGAGCAUCGUUCCAGAAACACUCUUUGUACCUAUGAAUAUAGCAGUAUUCUCAGUUAUAGCCCAGCUGUUAGUUGUUUGAUGAUUAUCACUGGUACUGACAAGAAGCAGAGCAAGGUUAUCCUUACAACAUCUCAGGCACACCAAAUAGCAAAUCUGAUUCGGGAGUAUAUGGAUGUCCUUCAUUCACCACCGGAAGUACCAAAGAGAGAUUCUGCAAUAGCUCAACAGAUAACACAACCGAUUCAACCACCUACGAACCUCCCAACUGCUGCAGGUGGUCGUAAAUCUCGACCUGCUUCGGUGUUACACAGAGGUGCUCCAGUGAUACAAUCACAAGCUAGUUAAAAGGUUAGGUAACUUAUAUUAGGUGCGAUAUUUCUCCUCGACCUGAUACUCGAAGCAUUACCCAUUUGUAUGUGAAACUUUCUUCUAUGCAUUAAUCAAACAUACACUUGCCUUUGUCUUAACUAUACUUUUAAUCUUUUGUAAUUUUAUAUAAUAUUUAUUUAAACGACUAAUAGGUUUUCUAUGUUUUAUAUUUGAUUUUUAUAGUUAGUGUUAGUGUUCUUACAGAUUCAGUAUCAGGUUGCGGUGGAAAGACAAAGUGUAUCCAGUUAUUAAUGCUUUAUUGGCAAGGCCUAUCAAGCGACAAGUAUCGUCGCAACGAGAUGGCAUUAGCCUAAUUUCUUUCUUCCAGUAUUUAUUCGAUUAGCUUAGAGCUCGAGAGACGUCGAAAGAAAUAGCUACCGCCGCGGAAAGAAAGAGUUAUUACCGACCGACAAAUAACUGCCAUUACAGUUUUAAAGUUGUAGGGAAUUUCUAUUUCCAUUUUGUCCGUCAUUGUUGUUACCUUUUUUACGAACGAUCGUCAGUGUUUUUUAUACAAUUUUUGCAGGAUAUACAGCAGUAACUGUGACACGCAAUAAUCGUUGGCUCAUUGGGUACAUACAUAUUGUUAAUCUAUGGUGUUGUCGAGUGCAACGUAGGCUUCUCUUGGUUUAGAGCCAGUGUAGGGAUCAAAAACGAUCCAUCACUUGUCCUUUGGUCUUGGAAGAACUUAGGGGAUUUCAGGGGAAGUCUAAGUGGCACUCGAUUGUACUACAUUUUCAGCAUAUCAUUUUCUAUUGUGAUCAUCACAAUUCAUUUUAAUAUCAAAAAUGACCAAUUUAUUGAUUCUAAUUUUUCCGUAGUUGUUAAUCACUCUGUUCAACGAUGACGAUAAUAUAAAGUUGCUAUAUUAGAAUCGACGUUAAAUUAAUGCAAAAUUUAAAUGCAAAUUAUACACUCUAUCAUUAUGCUUAGACAUAAUAUUCUAUAUAUAAAAUAUAACACAAUGUGUAGCAUUGAAUGAUGUCAAGAUAUAGAUAUGUAUCUUAAACAGUGCUACAUAUUACACGAUAAAUUUCAGCAGGUUCUAAAUGAAAGUCAAAGGAUAAUCUGAUCUUGAUUUGAUAGGCAAUCACAAUAUUCCCCCUUUUCUUGUAAAAUUUACAAUUAUGAGAUUAAAUCAAGUAAUAAGAUUAUGGUUCACGCGGAAAUAAAUCCGCGAUUCCAUAAAAUUGCGUCCAGAAAACAUUUUUCUUUUUUAAAUUAAUAUCGCUCAAUAUCUUGGUGUGUAAAUACUAAGCAAAAAAGAAAUCAUUAAAUCCUCCAGUGUUCAAUGAUACAUUCCCAGCACAUCAAUUAAAUUUAAAGCUCGCUUGUAUAUCUAACUGUAAUUUUAACCCUUUCAAAUACCGUUUUUCAUACAUGUAGUUGGAGGACUAGUAUAAAGAAUUGAAAUUCUUCAAUCUACACUGUUUACAAUUUACCAUGUAGAAAUAUUGUUAGUUUUUAUUAAUAUCACUUUUUUGAUAACGAGUUAUACACGUUUAGCGCUAUAAUACAAAAAAUCAAGAAAGGGUUAAUUGUAUAAGUCUUUUAUAGAACACUGGAGUUCAUAAAAAAAUAUUCUGAUUUUAUUUGGACCAAUAUUUUAUUCCCUAGACAAGAACCACUUGUUGAAUCUUUAACCGUCGAAUGGUAAUGGCUGGGUUAAUAACUUUUUUAUACAAAAAGUAUACAUUCAGGUGCAACGUAGAUCAAUAAUCUAUAUUGGAAGAAUAAUAACUCUAAAAAAAUUAAAUUCUAAAUUAUGUGUCGAGUCGACAAAGAUCCAGCUCCGCCAUACGAGGGUUAAUUACACGUGAUUGACGUCUAAGACCAUAGAAAAGCAGUAAAUUAAAAAAAUUAAUAAUUUUUCGGUAUUGUAUCUUUUACAUAACUAUCCGCCCAGAAUAUUAUAGUCGGUUAAAUGGGCGCUGUUGUGAAAACAUUGUAACGCGCGUACUUAAGGAUCAGAGAGUUAUUUAAUCAUGGAUCAAUGGAUGAAGCAGGUGGAACAAGAUCGAGGAUUCGACGAAAUGGAAAAAGUUGGUGGUAUUUCUCUGUAAUCUAUAUUUAUUCCGAUUUUCUUUCCGAAAGUUUGGCUAAGAUUCGACGAAUGCAGACAGACUGUGAUCCGCUUUGGGUGUCCUUAGUCUUCGAGAGCUGUUUAACGAGUGAGACUUCGUGUUAACUAAUAAAAGAAAGAAAGAACAGGAUGAUGAAGAGUUGGUUGCGUGUGUGAGAGGGAGAGAAAGAAAAAAUGUACGAAUUCAGGAUGUGAUUUGCAACGCAUGGAUGAUAUUUAAAAAAAGAAAAAAGGAAACAAAGAGGGAAGAGGUAUGUGGUUCCCUAUAUGUGUAACUUAAGCGAAAUAAAUUAUUGGUUGAUGAUGUUAUAUUGAAAUAUUUAAAAAAAAAAAAAAAAAAAAAAAAAAAAACAA